AUGACCUCCAGUUGGGAAUCUUUGAUUACAUCCACCUCCUUGUCUAUUUUCAAAGAUGAAGAAGGUCAGAAUGAACGUAGAUUUUCUCCAAAUGUUGAGGUGAAAGAAGAACCACUAACGAAUUAUUCGACCUGGAGUGAACUUAAAGAAGCAACUUUAAACGACGACGAGCUCGAGAAUGAGGCUAAUACAGAUUCUCAAGAGAUUUACGGAUGCAAUCCUCUGAAAGACGAAAGUGGAACUUUGAAGUGCAACGAAUGUUCGAAAAAACUAUCACCGCAAAGCUUCAUUGAACAUACUGAGACGUGUGAAAAGAUACGAGAGAAUUCCCUUGCAGCAACGGUCAAAAUGCCAGUACAAGAAGCCUCCGCAAACAAGAACGCCAAAAAUAAUAAUGCAAGCACAGCCGAAACCUGCAAUUCGAAUAAAAAACGCAAGAGAUCCGUUAAUUCCGAAGUCGAAGUUACUGAUCCAUCAAUAUCGAACAAAUCUCUUUCGCCUUCGGGCACAAAAUUGCCACCUGAAAAGAAACAAAAGCCGAAAAAGGAGAAGGAGAAGAAGAAAACCACAGGACGAAAUAAGGGGCCCAUUGAUUUAGAUAAGCAAUGUGGUGUCAUUGCUCCACCAAGUACGACGCCGUGCACACGGUCAUUGACGUGUAAAAGUCAUCCCAUGGCAUUAAAACGAGCGGUUCAAGGUCGUUCACAGCUUUACGACAUACUGUUAGCUCAAUAUCAAAAGAAGUCUAUUGGCCGUCCGCAAAAUAACGGCGUGGCUAAUAAACAAGAGAACGGUAAGAAAGAUGGAAAGAAUGAAGUCUCCGAAAAAGACGACGGACCAAUUGAUUCAGAACAAGAGGUGGACUCUGUGAUGGAAGCGUUAAUGUGUAGUAAGCCACGGCCAAUCACCACGCGUCAAGAUACCUACGCCCCACCUACGAGGCGGAUCAUAUGA